CAAACAAGAAAAAAUUAAUUUGCUGUCUGGCGUCCGAGCCUUUGGAGUGCAACUUCUUCCCAUUUUCUAGCUUUCCUCUGCAACUGUGAGGACUACAAAUACAAUUUUUAAGAAAGUUUCUGAAGCAGUUAGGUAUACAUCCUGACUGGCAAUUCGUAGAUGUGUAUGGUAUGGAUCCAGAACUUCUUAGCAUGGUGCCAAGACCUGUCUGUGCAGUGCUGCUUCUCUUCCCAGUAACAGAAAAGUAUGAAACAUUCAGAACAGAAGAAGAAGAGAGAAUAAAAGCCCAAGGACAAGAUGUCAGAUCAUCAGUAUAUUUCAUGAAGCAAACCAUCAACAAUGCUUGUGGAACGAUUGGGCUUAUUCAUGCUAUUGCAAACAACAGAGAGAAAAUGAACUUUGAAUCAGAUUCUACAUUGAAAAAAUUCUUGGCGGAUUCGUUAUCAAUGAGCCCUGAAGAGCGAGCCAAAUAUUUAGAAACCUAUGAAGCUAUUCGUGUUACUCAUGAAUCCAGUGCCCAUGAAGGUCAGACUGAGGCACCAAGCAUAGAUGAAAAGGUAGAUCUUCACUUUAUUGCAUUAGUUAACGUAGGCAGUCAUCUCUAUGAAUUAGAUGGGCGCAAACCUUUUCCAAUAAACCAUGGGCAAACUAGUGAUGACACUUUUUUAGAGGAUGCAGUAGAAGUUUGCAAGAAGUUCAUGGAACGUGACCCAGAAGAAUUAAGAUUUAAUGCGAUUGCUCUUUCUGCAGCUUAAUUAUUUUAUUAGGAAAAGCUGCACCACUAACGUGUUGUAAAAAAAAAUAAUAAUUGCCAUAUUAUGUAUGACUUUUGAUACUUUCACCUAAGCAUACAUGGAUUAAAUCUUGAAUUUGUUUUUAUUGCA